AUGGGAAGUAAGUUAGUUAAAAAUUCGAACCUUGCACGUAAGCGGGCUGAAGAACACGAAUUCAAUGACGAAUAUGGCGAUGAAUACCAGGAAUCAAAAUUCGGAGGCUUUCCCGAAUACUUCCGUCGCAAGAGAGUGAAACUACAGAAUCUAGACGCCCGAAUCCGUUCAGAGUCAACAAAUCAACCUCAAAUAUUUAAAGGAAUUGUUACUUACGUUAACGGAUAUACCCAGCCAUCACUUCAAGAUAUUCAUCACCUUGUUGUGUCUCAUGGAGGUUGUUUCAUGCAAUACCUUGAUGGAAAAACAUCUGUCACGCAUAUCAUUGCAUCUAAUCUUACUCUUAAGAAAGCCAAAGAGUUCCGCCAAUAUCGAAUCGUCAAACCGGCAUGGAUUGUUGAAAGUGUUGCUGCUGGCAGGCUACUUCCGUGGGACAGAUACAAGGUCCUCCACGAAAGACCGACCCAGCAACUUCUACAGUUCAGCAAUGGUGGAAUAGGUAUUCAUACAAAUGUUCCGCAAGGGGGAUACCAUGAUCAAACCGACACAUGUUGGUAUUCAAAGAACCUUACGACUAUCAUAAAUUCAAUUGAAGAUAAACAUAUUUGUGAUAAGAGCUCCUCGGACCCGCGGAAAAAUUAUCAGCUUAUUUCAGAUCCAAGCCCUCUUGAAACAACAGAGAUAAAAUUCCAGAAAACUACACCCAGUACCCCUCAGUUAUUCAAAGGCGAUCUCUUAUCUGAGAGUUUAGCUAUAACAUCCACAUUGGCAAAUGAAUUAAACAAGGUUGAUUGCAAUACUGGAAAGAUAAAAAAUCUCCUGGACACACCUCAAAGUACCUCAGCAACAAUUUCCCAGUCACCCUUGUACAAGAAGGGUCGAGAUCAUAGCAACCUAGGGUUAAAAGCUGAUUUGAGUAGCCCGAUCGUUGAACACAAAAUUAUUCACCCAAGGAAUGAGGAAUUACCGGAAGUAAGAAGUAUCAAAAGCAACGAUCAUGAAUAUUACAAUACUUUAGCAGUAACUGACAACAAGCCUCGGAACAUAAGCGCUGCUGAUCCAAAGUUUAUUGCGCAAUUCUAUGCAGAGUCACGCUUGCAUCAUUUGUCACACUGGAAGAGCCAGCUUAAGUCACGGUUUCAAAAACUGGCUUGCGAGACUGCCGCUGACCAAGUAACUUCCCUUAAGCGGAACGUAGGAUCUAGGCGGUACAUUAUACAUGUAGACAUGGACAGUUUCUUCUGUUCAGUAUCAGCAAGAAGGGUAACUGGAUGUAUGCAAAUCCCCGCUGCCGUCGCGCAUGGCUCUGGGCCAGGCUCUGAGAUUGCGAGCUGUAACUACCCUGCACGAAGUUUUGGUAUUAAAAAUGGUAUGUGGAUGAAAAAUGCACUUCUAAUCUGCCCUCAUCUACAGGUGCUUCCUUAUGAUUUUCCAGCGUACGAAGAAGCUAGCAACCAGUUUUACGGGGUAGUUCUAGGUAUUGGUGGUACAGUCCAGAGUGUCAGCGUUGAUGAGGCCCUUGUCGAUAUAACAAAUAUCUGCCAAGCUGAUAGUUGUGCUGAUGCCAGUCAAGUAGACAUUUUACGUGAGCAAGAAAAAGCAGAAGAAAUCGCAAGAGUUUUGCGAGAGCGAAUUAAAAAGGAAUCUGGCUGUGAUGCGUCAGUUGGAAUUGGACCAAAUAUUCUACUAGCGAAACUAGCGCUUCGCAGGGCAAAACCAGCCGGACAAUAUCAUAUCAAACCAUCAGAAGUGCGGGAGUUUAUUGGUAAGCUGUGUAUUCAGGAUCUCCCUGGUGUAGCCCAAAAUAUUGGAGGAAGACUUGAAAAGAUUGGCGUUAAACAGGUCAAGGAUAUACACGAAUUAACUCAAGCAACUCUUCUUAAGAUUCUUGGCCCUAAGACUGGCCGGAGAAUUUGGGAAUAUUCGCUUGGAAUUGACCAUAGUGUAGUGGGCCAUCAGAGUGUGAGAAAGUCAGUGUCUGCUGAAAUAAACUGGGGGAUUAGAUUCCUCUCCCAAAAAGAAGCGGAUGAAUUUGUUCGCAAUUUAUGCUGUGAGCUUGAGCACCGCCUUGUAAAGCAAGGGUUACGGGGUAAACAAAUGACGUUAAAGAUCAUGAGAAAAUCUGAUCAUGCCCCCUCUGAGCCGCAAAAACAUUUAGGCCAUGGAAUUUGUGAUAGUUUCAGCAAAAGUGUUGUACUAGAUGUAGCAACCAACCAUGCUGAGACCAUGGGACAAGAAGCAGUAUCGAUAUUGCGGAGUUACCGUUUCUUGCCGACUGAGUUACGCGGUAUAGGGGUGCAAAUGACUAGACUUGAGUCAUCGGAGCCCACGGAUGUGCCUACUAAAAAUCGAGUUCAGAAAAAGAUUAGCUUUAACCCAGCAGUAGCUUGUGAUACAUUUUCGCAUGUCUGUAGUGAAGAAAAAAACGAAGAUCCUUGCACGCUGCGAGGGAAGCGGGCUUUUUCCGAUACCAAAGAGUCAACUCCUUCUCCCAGUUCACAGAAAGGACAUGGGAACCAGCAGUGCUCCCAUAAAGUAGUCAUCUACCCAGCUCGCGUUCCAAUAGAUGACUUACGAGUGUAUGAUGAAAUUCCUACAAAGAAUAAAGCAAUCACCAAACAGUCGCCCGUCACAACCGGAACCCAAUUCGUUAUACCCUCUCAAAUUGAUGCCGGGGUGCUAGCAGAGCUUCCAGGCGAUAUUCGUACUCGUUUGAUGGCACAGAGCAGGACCCGCUCGAUCAUACACCGGAGACCUAAUGUUCUAACUUCAAGCAAGUCACGAAGUACAGGUUCGCACGGGUUAGAACCAUUGCCGUCCCAAUUUGACCCCGAAGUUUUUGAAGCUCUCCCCCCUGACCUUAAGACUGAAGUUCUCGAGAAUUACAAAUCUAGUGUCGCCCAGGCAUCUAACUCUAGUCAUGAAUUAGGGCUAGCCAAUGAGCCACAGGCCCAACCUAAGACAACACAUCGCACGUCGCCCAGCACAAAACGUCAGCGCGAGCGGCUUUCUUCUUCUAAGCCUCAGCCCGCCGCUUAUCCAGCGACACCUGAUCCGUCUUUUCUUGCCGCCUUGCCCGCCAGUGUCCGGGCAGAUGUCCUUGAAGAUCAUUGGAAGCAACGGCGUGGCGCACAAAAGCCAAAACUAUUCGCAGAUCGGCUUGAACCUCCGAAGCGCUGCAAUGAACCUUUUCCACCAAUAGUGCGGCACAUUAUUCUGCCGACGCGCACGCCACGUCCAACGUUCACGACCCAGGGUCUAAGCAGCUUAACUGACUUACGGAUAAAGCUAGGUGAAUGGCAUAGGGAAUUUGCUAUUGACGGGCCUCAUCCAGAUGAUGCGGCUGCGAUGGUUAGAUACUUGAGAAGAGUAGUUUUGGAGGAGAGAGAUCUAGCCAAGGUAGUAAGCCUCCUAAGGUGGCUAGAAUGGCUCAUAGGUGAAAACACAGAGAGUGCUCGUGGAAUCGAGGCAUGGCUAGUGGCGCUUAAAGGCAUCAAAGAAAACGUUCAAAUGGCUGUCCGAGAUCGUGGGUUAGGACAUCUUGACAUCUAA